GUUAUCAUUAUUAUUAUUAAUAUUACAUACAUUUUCAAGCUAAAACGGGUAUGAAAUAGUUGCAAUGCACUGUACCCUUAAGGGUACCUCAUUCCUAGAAGUGUGGGAUUGAUUCCAUGGAAGAAAUGCAUGGACGUUUUUCAUGCUUGAUCUACUGAAAGCAAAGAUGAAUCAGAGAAAUCGUUCAAAAUGAUUUUCAUCCAUUUAUUUUUCACUAGGGUGCAAGAUCAUGUUAUUUAAUGCUCACGCUGUGUAGGCAACAACUACUUAAAUUGAACAUUAUCUUCAACUGAAGCACGCUGGACCCCUGGGUCCCCUUCUUGGGGGGUCUCAUUUAAGUUGUCCCUGACUUUUUUUUGGCCUGGAUAUAAGCUAAUUAAGGUUUUAUUUUUCUUUUAUUGCUCCACACCAGUUUUUUGGACACACCAGAGGUGGAUUUAAUUUUCCAAGAAAACUAAAACGUGUCGCGAAGCAUAAUGCGGCUGGACACAUCUGUGGUUGUUUUGGUCACUUUCGCCUACAUCGUGUGCCUCUGCGGAUCGCUACAUGGAGAAAUUUGCCCCAGCACAGAUAUCCGCAACAAUGCGACCCACCUGCGUGUUCUGGAGAACUGCACAGUGAUCGAGGGCCACCUGAAGAUCCUGCUUAUAUUCAAAUCCAGACUGGAGGACUUCCGGGGCUUGAGCUUCCCGAAGCUGGUCGUGAUCACGGAUUACCUGCUCCUCUUCCGCGUCUAUGGCUUGGAGAGUCUGGGUGACCUCUUCCCGAACCUCACGGUCAUCCGCGGCAACAACCUCUUCUUCAACUAUGCCCUGGUCAUGUUCGAAAUGAUCCAGCUGAAGGAAAUCGGCCUCCACAGCCUGACCAAUAUCACGCGAGGAGCGGUACGCAUCGAGAAGAACCCCAACCUCUGCUAUUUGUCCACUCUCGACUGGUCCAAGAUCUCCGACUCGGUGGAGGACAACUACAUUGUGGCUAACAAAGAUGACCGGGAGUGCGGAGACAUUUGCCCGGGUACCAUCAUGGGGACGAUAACCUGCAAACAGACCACCAUCAACGGGAAUUUCGGCGAGCGUUGCUGGAACCAGAACCAUUGCCAAAGAAUUUGCCCUUCCGAAUGCGUCCACGGUGCUUGUACCCUCCAUAAGGAGUGCUGUCACGACCAGUGUCUGGGCGGCUGCUCCGUGCCAGGGAACUCGACCAAAUGCGUGGCUUGUCGCAACUUCCUGUUCGGUGACACCUGCGUGGAGCGCUGCCCGCCGGGCUACUACAUCUUCAAGGGAUGGCGCUGUGUGUCCUUUAAAUUCUGCCAGGACCUCCACAACCAGUGCAAGGGCAAGAGCGGUGACUGCCAUGAAUACGUCAUCCACAACGGAGCCUGUGUCCCAGAAUGCCCGUCUGGAUACACCACCAUGAACUCCACCUCGUUGAACUGCACACCGUGCACCGGUCGGUGUCCCAAACUGUGUACGGGGGUGAAGACGGUGGACUCUGUCACCGCCGCUCAAGCUCUGCGCGGCUGUACGGUGCUCAACGGCAGUCUGACCAUCAAGAUCAGCAAAGGAAACAAUAUCGCGGCCGAGCUGGAGUCUAGUCUGGGUCAGCUGGAGGAGAUCACGGGCUAUCUGAGCAUCCGCAGAGCCUACGCUCUCGUCUCGCUCUCCUUCCUCCGCAAGCUCCGCGUCAUUCACGGAGAAACGCUGGAGAACGAGAACUUUUCUUUCAAUGCCUUUGACAACCAGAACCUGCGACAGCUGUGGGACUGGAACAAACACAACCUCACCGUCCUCAACGGCAGGAUGUACUUCGGCUACAACUCCAAGCUCUGUAAGUCUGAGAUCCUCCGGAUGGAGGAAGUGACCGGGACCAAGCACAGGAAGAACGACAUCAACAUCCCGGCGUAUGCGGACCUGGCCUUCUGUGAAAACCAAGUUCUUAAUUUUACGCAAAUCCGUACGACGUCCGACAAAAUCCUCAUUAAGUGGCAAGCGUUCUGGCCCUCGGACUUCAGAGACCUGCUGGGAUUCAUGGUCUUCUACAAGGAAGCUCCUUAUAAGAACGUGACUGAAUACGACGGGCAGGAUGCCUGCGGCUCUAACAGCUGGGCGAUCGCAGACGUGGAGCCUCCUGAACGCGGCUCCGAGGGCAAAGGCCAGAGCGAGCCGGGUCUCCUCAUCAUGCCUCUGAAGCCCUGGACCCAGUACGCCAUCAUGGUCAAAACCCAACUCGCCGCCUCUGACGAUCACCUCGUCCGCGGGGCCAAGAGCGAGAUCAUCUACGUCCGCACCAACGCCACCCGUAAGUCACAGCCGUUCAGAAACUCUUCACUGUUAACCCGCAGACCCCACCGACGGCGGCGCUCAGUUGGCGUGGCCAAUGCUUCUUUGCCUAAUUUUGCAAGCACAUUAUCCAGCCUGCCCAACUUUUCCACCACGUCAAACCCAGAGAAGGACGAGAGACAGAAGAUGGUAUUCAAAACCAACUCCAAAGAGUUCAUGGUCAUCUCCAACCUGGUCCACUUCACCAGCUACCAGAUCGAGAUCCAGGCCUGCAACCAUCCCACGGAUCCGAACCGCUGCAGCAUGCCGACAUACGUCAACGCCCGCACCCUGCCUGAACUAAAAGCUGACAAGAUCGUUGGGCAAGUGACUCACGAAUUUUUUCCCGAUGAACCGGAAUUUGUCUACAUCAAAUGGCAGGAGCCGAAAGCACCCAAUGGCAUGAUCAUACUGUAUGAAGUCAAAUACAUGAGAAUGUCAGAUAACGAUGAGGAUCAAAUCUGUGUGUCCAGAAUCGCUUAUGAAAAAAUUUACGGCUAUCGAUUACGAGUAGGGCAUCCUGGGAAUUACAGUGUGAGAAUACGUGCCACUUCGCUGGCCAGCAACGGCUCCUGGACGGAGCCUGCAUACUUCUUUGUUCAAGACAUGGAUAUGAACAUGAAAGUCAUCAUCGGCCCGCUUAUCUGCUUCAUUGUACUGCUGUUCCUGGCCAGUACAGUCUUCAUUGUCCUUAGGAAGAAACAAACUGAAGGACCGACUGGUCCACUGAUUGCGUCCUCGAACCCAGAAUAUAUAAGUGCAAAUGAUGUGUACAUCCCAGACGAAUGGGAGGUGCCUCGGGAGAAGAUCAGUGUUCUGAGAGAGCUCGGUCAGGGAUCGUUUGGAAUGGUGUACGAAGGCAUCGCUAAAGACAUCGUGAAGGGCGAACCGGAGAUGCGAGUGGCCGUUAAAACCGUCAACGAGUCGACGAGCCUGCGCGAGAGGAUUGAGUUCCUCAACGAGGCUUCGGUCAUGAAAGCCUUUAGCUGCCAUCACGUGGUCCGCUUACUCGGUGUGGUAUCUAAGGGGCAACCGACAUUGGUCGUCAUGGAACUGAUGACACACGGAGAUCUGAAAAGCUACCUGCGUAGCCUGAGACCUGAUUCUGAGAAUAACCCAGGUCGUCCACCGCCAACCCUGAAGGAGAUGAUCCAAAUGGCAGCUGAGAUAGCAGAUGGCAUGGCGUACCUCAACGCUAAGAAGUUCGUCCACAGAGACCUCGCUGCCAGAAACUGCAUGGUGGCUGAAGAUCUCACUGUGAAAAUUGGAGAUUUUGGUAUGACACGAGACAUCUACGAGACUGAUUACUAUCGCAAGGGUGGAAAGGGCUUAUUGCCUGUCAGAUGGAUGGCGCCAGAGUCCCUAAAAGAUGGCGUUUUCACCGCUCACUCAGACUGCUGGUCUUUCGGAGUGGUAUUAUGGGAGAUCAGCACACUUGCCGAGCAGCCUUACCAGGGACUGUCCAACGAGCAAGUGCUCAAGUUUGUCAUGGACGGAGGCUACCUGGACAGACCGGAGAACUGUCCAGAGAGAAUGCACAACCUCAUGCAGAUGUGUUGGCAGUACAACCCGAAGAUGCGGCCCACCUUCCUCGAGAUCAUCGAGAUGAUCAAGGAGGACCUGCAUCCUACUUUCCAAGAGGUCUCCUUCUUCUACAGCGAGGAGAACAAACCUCCUGAGAGCGAGGACUUCGACAUGGACUUCGAGAACAUGGAGAGCAUACCACUGGACCCCUCAUCCUAUUCCCAACGCGAGGAGAGCCUCAGUAGAGACAACGGCCCCUCGGUGGGCCUACGGGGCAAUUACGAGGAGCACAUGCCCUAUACGCAUAUGAACGGUGGAAAGAAAAACGGCCGAAUUCUGUCUCUACCCAGAUCUAGUCCGUCCUAACGUUUGCUUCGGCUUUUUCUCUUCGUUUUUUUUUUUAAAGAAAAGUUUUUAAUUGUGUUAUUUUUGCAGAGGCCCUUAAAGAUACAGAUCUCAGGUCUUUUUUGUUGCUGUUGUUGUUACAACGACACUAGUAUGGUUACAACGAAAACGGACGUUAUUUCGCCCAUCAUCCGACGCACCAUUUGCUUUUUGACACUUUUACACUUUUGCCAAGUUUCCAAGACAGUUUGGUUGGGCGGUGGGGAAAAGCAAACUGUGAACAUGACUAAAUCAACCAGAAAAGCUGCUUCGGCUACGUCACCUCAAAGUCCACUUCCUUCUCCCUUGGAUGCUUAUUUCCUGUCUCUUUCUCUAUUUUUUUAAAAAGUGGAAAUCUUUUAAGAUAGUGGCCUUUUAUUAAGUGGCCUAUAAAAAGAGAAGUGUCUAUCAAUGCUUGUGUUAAUUUCUUUAGAACAAUGACUUUACAGUGUGGAACUAUGGGAUGGCUUAUAUUCUUUUAGAACAAACUUUUGUUUUGUAGAGGAUUGACUUUUAUUUUGUCCUGGAGAAUUCCUGAAUUCACAUAGAUGAUAUUCACACGGUGUUCUGGUGAAUGAGGUUUAAUUUAUUUGCUUUAUUUUUUUACUCCUGUGUCCUUUUUACCGGCUGAAGGAUAUUUAACAGUUAUGAAUUGGACAAAAGAGUUCCUCAGACUGACCAAUAGCUGCUGCUCUGAUAUAUAGUGGGUAUUUGAUUUUUUAUAUAUAUAAAUAUUGAUUGGUAUCAGUAUUUUAAAUAUACUAUUCACAACAUUUGAACUUUUGUACAUAAUUCUAAUGUCUUUUUCUAAUGUCUUCAUCAGCUUUGCUUAAACAAUAUUUUUUGCAACUGUCUCUUUUUAUGAGCUGUUUUUUUAUGUCCAACCCAAAAAAAAAACUCUCAUUAAUUAACAUGCAAGUUGACUCAGUGAUGUUCCAGCAUACAGUGGGGAGCGUUGUUGGUUUGGCCUAAAUUCAACUGAUUUCAUUUCGGAAUAAUAAUAAUAAUAAUUAAAUAUUAUUGUUAUUAUUAUUUAAAAAUACAAAUAUUUGAUUGCUCAAUUCAAGGGAAUAAACAUUCAAAUUUUCUGUCAUAAAUUGGAUUUUGUAGGAUGUUCCUCUGUGACAUCUUUGGGAUUCCAAAAGCUGUUGUGGAGAAUAUUUUGGGAAUGUUUCGGAGUGUUUUUUGUUUUUUUUCUGUGGGAUAUGAGAGGUUGUUUUUGACUCGAUUUACUAUUUACCUGAUUUUUCUGGUGGAUUUAGGAUGUUACUGUGAAAGAUAUGCUUUACCGAGGGAUUCUAGGUUGUUCGUUUUUCGACAGCAGAAAUAUUCGACCUGGUAAUAUUUAAAUUGGAUCAUUAAAACAUUCCUGUAAUUUAUCCACGAUCAGGCUCCGGUACCUGUUAAAGUAUCAAAAGUGAGUGUAGUUCUCGCACAGCUUCGCAUAAUAAAGACGUUUACGCUCUAGUUCUGAGAAAGGGAAGUCUUAGAAGACCACAGGGAAAGUAAACUUCCUUCUCUGUCAGAAUGAUGCCGCUUUUUCCCAAAUAAUCCUUUAAAGAUAAAACGCAGACAGCUUUGGUAGGCAGAUGCUCAAUUCCUCAACUUUGUGCCUUCUCCGAUCGCCAGAGGCAAGAGAGAUGGCGCUUUUACUGGAUCUUACUUGUCAUCAUCAAAAAUGUGCACAUUUCCUGUGUGUGCGUGCAUAUUUGUGUGUAUGUAUAUUUAUUUGUGGGUAGUUUGGGAGGGAAACGACAGAACGAGGCUAAAAUUCACACGUAAGCUUUAGUAAGCGUGUUUGCCAUUUCAUGUUUUUUUUCUUUUUUUCUCACCUGGCUCUCACCUUACCGUAGCCUUUUAACAUAAAUGUUCCCUUUCUUGGUCCCAUUGGCUUAAUUUUAAAUGUACAUAGCAGAAUCAAAGAAAUCAAACUUGCUUGUAGCUUUUCUUACACUAUUACAAAGAAAAUCUUUUUCUUUUUUUUUUCUGUAGCAGUGAGCAGAUUUUUUCCCCCUAAAUAACAAGAUUACAUAUCUUUGAAAAGGCAAAUAUUGAUAUUUUAUUUAUUUUAUAAUCCUCAUAAUUAUGUAAAUCCCUGUUAGCUUUUAUUACAAUACUCUAAGGCUGGUAAAACUAGUCGUUUAGUUGUUUAUUUUUUGUUUAAAGAGAGUAACAGUUGGCGAGGUCACGAACGCAGUUGCAUGGUUUAUUAGCGCUAAUGUCUUUCUGUUGGUUGUUUGGACACAGUCUACCUCAGUAUGUUGUUAGAAAUGUUUUAGAGCCAAGUGCAUCUCUCUUUAGUUGUUUGAAUUUCUUUAACAGGCUUGUUUUGGGGCAGCAAAAACCAUGUCCACAAUCCCAAAUUCGGCCACUAGCCUUUGUUUCUCUCUCAAGCAAUUAUGAUUACGGAUCACUUCCCUUGCUCUCCUUUAUUUGAUUUUGGAGAAAGCUUAGAACCCAAAGAUUCACUUUAACAGGCGAUGUCUUUCUUUCGAGUCGUUUGAAUUACGCAGAGCAGUUUAGUUGUGAAAAAUUAGAUAAAACGAAAGUUUAUCCAAAUGAAAAAGUGUACGAAAAAGAGUAUCACUAAGGUACAACCUUAGGUGUGCGGAAAAACUGUUUUUUAAUUUACGGUACAUUGUUUGGCUCUGCUAAUCUGAAUGAGGUAUUAUAGAGUUUUAUUUCUUUGUCUAUUACAUGAAGCACUUAUUUGAAUAAUACGAUAUUUUUCGUAAAGCCACUUGUUAAUUCGGAAACAUUUUAGUAUGUAUGUUUUCUGUGAUUUAAGCUCAAUUUAACCUUUCAAGUCACUUCCUGAGAGACUACUGAAUCACAGUUCUAUGCGCAAAAACGGUCACAAAACAUUUUGCGAUUUUUUUUUGGGGGGGGGCUAACGUUAUGUAGUUACAGUGAGCGUACACCCAUUUGUGAUUCACUAGGUGAAACAGCUCUUCUUCGCUCACUGCAGUAUCUUACCGAACAAACUUUCUGAUGCCCCGAGUUAAGUAGUUUCACAUACAAAAACUUGUUCACUGGUUUUUUUUUGGUUUGUUUGCACCAAAUGUGAUUGUCAAUGUCUUUUUUUUUUGUUCCAUGUGUUUUCUACUGUGAAAAUUUCUAUCAAUGCCAUAGUUUAUAGUAAACACGGACUUCACUUGCCUCUCCUUACACAUGCGUUCAUAAAUACUCUCGCGGACAAUCCUAUGUGCCAUAGAAACGUUUUAUUUUCCUCAGGGAGAUGUGAGCGUUGGGUUUUGUUUAUCGGAGGAGCGUCAAUUUUAUCCACGGCUAGCUUAAUCGUACGAGAAAAACGGAUGGAAAACUGCAAAAACGAUGCUUUUGGAUGCCAGUCGUGCAUCUCUAAAGCAUUUCGCAUCUUUCGUUGCCUCUCAAAUGUGUUUCGGGGAAUAAAUUGAGCGCCCCCUGGUUGAUCCAUAGUGCCUUGCACAAACCUAAGUAUCCUCCAAGCCAAACCUGGCCAACAAACUCCCUGGACCGGAUUGUUUUUCACCCAACAUCCUCAAAAUACUGGAGCCUAUUGUACAGAUUUCUGGACAGGUUAGCACAUCUUUGGCUCAAUGCUUGGCUCGGUUUUACUGUAUUGGUAUAUGUGAAUGAUAUUCUUUUAUUUUUAUUUUUAAUUAAGCUGAACUUGGAUAUGCUAAGGCUUGCUUUGUGGCUUGACAAACCACCCAACGUCGUACGACGCACUGUUACCCAAAACAACAACUUUGGCAGCUCCCAGUGUAAAAGUCUAAAUUGAAAGAAUAUAAUUUUGAUAAAUGACCUUAAAUAACCUAGUAACAAAAACCCUAAUGCGGUUUUCUACAGCAAGCUAGAAAAGCAGAACAGGUCGAGCGCAAGGCAUUUUAUUGUUUUUAAAAGGGAAAAGUAUUAGGCUACACUUAGAGAUAUUAAUUUCUAUUUUUUUAGUCAAAAUAUGAGGGCAGAUUUUACUUUUUUUGACUGUAAACUUUUACUAUUCGUGUGCAUUACGGAAUUAACAUUAUCAAUGUAUAUAGAUUUCUUUUCGAUAAAAUGGUGAUGUCUUUUGUUCAUGGCAUUACACUGUGAUUCAGAGAUAUAAAGGACAUCGAUUUUACUCCACAAACUGAUCGGAUGACGAACCGUUCAGAGGUUUGGCCUACAAUGAUGUUCUUUGUAUGACAUUGCAUUGUUGUUUGAUUUUCUUUUCUUUUUUUUUCAUGUACAACUACUUGUUUGCCAUCCAAGAAAUGAGUGCAUAUCCUUUGUCAGCAUUUUGUAUUUGUAAAUUGUUACCCUUUUCUUUGUACAAUACGGACAAUUCCUCUACGUUCAUGAAGGUGACCGUUUGAAUAAACAAUUGUUUUUCAAUGUGAAAAA